AUGGGGCUGUUAGAGCUCUGCGCUCGCGCCCUCGGUCGGAACUUCGGACCACUCAACGCGUCGCGCGAAAAUCCGGCCCUCGGCAGCCCAGAGGCGGGCGGCGUGACUGCUCCCAGGUGGAGAUUCGCUGCGUGCGGCUUGGGUGCAGCAAAGGGUCCCAAGAGCAACACUUCGCUCUCCCGCACUUGGCUGCUGCGCCGGAAAUGCAACACCAGAUCACCACCUUCACUUCCACCCGUCGUCAUCCUCGCUCCUACACCUUGCAACUACUCCAUCCCGAACAGCAUGUCGCGCUCCACACGGCGCCGUCGCAUCAAUGACAGCGAAGACGGAGACGAGGACGAGGCGGUGUCCGAUCAGGAUGUCAGACCCUCAUCACAAAGACGCAGGCAGACUUCGCGAGCAGACGCAGCUGCCCCUGCCGCUGGUCCAAGUCGUUCGACAGACGGCGGUGAUGCUUUCAAUUUCGAUGUCGACCUGCGGCCUCAUCCUCUGAGUCGAGACCAGGUGCCCAACUUGAAGAACCUCAUGACCGAGCUCCGGAAUCAGGACCAAAACAUCCGACGCUGCAUCGAGCUGCUCAACGACACCGCCGAACAAGUCGCAGAGGCAUUCCGAACGCACGAUGAAUGUGCCGAGCUGCAACAGGCCGAACUCGACCUGCGCGAGCUCAUCGAUGUGCAGGCCGAGAAGGCCAUCCGACGACGGGUGCUCGAAGAGAUCACACAGGACCUCCAAUCAGGCAUCUCCCUCGACGAUCCGGCGAAGCGAUACAAGGACGAGGUGCAAGCGCAUCUCGACACGUACAACAAGCAGACGUCUCGGCGCAAGUAUGCCAAGAACACCGACUUUCACAACUUCAAGAAUGCCGUCUGGGUCGCGCGCGAGGAAGGCGCCAUGCCUCCCGUUCGAGACCUCAUCCCCGCUGAAGACGGCGACGAAGACGACUCGGACGACGAAAUCAUUGCUGGUGGUCAGACUCAGAACUUCCGCUGUCCACUCUCUGCCAACCUUCUGGAAGAUCCGCUCACAAAUUCGAAUUGCACGCACUCGUACUCGCGUGCAGCCAUUCAAAACUACGUCGAGGCAGGCAACAACAAAUGCCCCGCUUCCGCAUGCACAGCCGCCGUCUCGAGAAGCUCUCUCAAACCCGAUCCAGGCCUCGCCAAAAAGGUCGCCGCCUUCAAACGACGCGAGGAAGAACGUGCCCUGGCUCGUCGACAGACUUCCACCAUUCUCUACUGA